AUGUUCAAGGGCUCGUGUCAAAAAACAAGUACUCUCAACUUAUUCUCAACUUUCAACAACCAGGCAGAAGAGAAUGCCAAGCCAACCUACAGCUCCCUCGAGCCGGUGGACAAGAAGAAGGGAGGACUCACUGCCUCCAGCUUCAUUUUCGUGUUGCUGGCGUUGGACAGCAUGGGAUUCGUCGCGAACAUGGUCAGCAUGGUGCUGUACUUUAUGUACGUGAUGCAUUUUGAUCUGGCGCACUCCUCCAACCUUCUCACAAACUUCAUGGGAUCAACUUUCCUCCUCACCCUCGUUGGAGGCUUCAUAUCGGACACAUUCUUGAGCAGAUUCACAACAUGCCUGAUUUUUGGCGUAAUUGAGAUACUGGCUUUGGUGAUGAUGACAACGCAAGCUUAUUCAAAGCAUUUGCACCCAAUAAAAACUUGCCCUUCAAAUUGUGUCCAAGGCCGUAUCGCUGCAAUGCUGUAUGGAUCCCUGUGCUUGUUGGCACUGGGAACAGGUGGCGUGAGGGGAGCGCUGCCGGCACUUGGUGCUGACCAGUUUAACCGGAAAGAGGAAGCGAAGUCGCUGGCGACGUUUUUCAAUUGGUUUAUGCUCAGUACUACAGCUGGAGCCACUAUUGGUGUCACGGGCAUCGUGUAUGUGAGCAUGAAUGUAGAUUGGUACUGGGGUUUCUUUAUAUCAACUAUUGCAGCCGUUAUUGGGUUCUCUGUUCUUGCAAUGGGUAAGCCUUUCUAUCGCCUCCAAGUCCCCGGCGACAGCCCCAUCAUAAGGAUCGUUCAGGUUAUUGUUGUUGCAAUAAAAAAUAGGCGUUUACCGCAGCCAGGAAGCUCGCAUGAACUGUAUGAGAUUAGUGAGAAGGAAUCAAAUUAUACGGAAGAAAAAAUUGCCCAUACACAUCAAUUCAGUUGUCUGGACAAAGCUGCCAUACUUGGCAAAGGCUCCAAGCCCGAACCAUGGAAGGUUUGCACAGUAACACAAGUGGAAGAAGUGAAGGUCCUGACAAGAAUGUUGCCAAUUCUCUUCAGCACCAUCAUAAUGAACACUUGUUUGGCACAACUCCAAACAUUCUCAGUCCAACAAGGAAGCAUCAUGGACCUCCACUUGGGCUCCAUCGAGGUUCCGGCGCCAUCUAUCCCCGUCAUUCCUCUUCUCUUCAUGUCCAUCCUCAUCCCACUGUAUGAGUUCUUCUUCGUGCCUUUCGCGAGAAAGAUCACAAAGCACCCAGCAGGCAUAACGCAGCUUCAGCGCGUUGGUGUUGGACUAGUCCUCUCCGCAAUCUCAAUGGCAGUAGCGGGCCUGGUGGAAGUGAAAAGAAAGAACCAAGCCAACAAGGACCUAACAAAGAUAUCUCUCUUCUGGCUUUCGUUCCAAUACGCUAUUUUCGGCAUUGCUGACAUGUUUACCCUAGUAGGGUUACUUGAAUUCUUCUACAAGGAAGCUCCAGCAGGGAUGAAAUCGCUUUCUACUUCGUUCACUUUUCUUUCACUUUCUUUUGGGUACUUCUUGAGCUCAGUUUUCGUUGACUUGAUCAAUGCCGUGACGAGAAGAGUUGCUCCGAGCAAACAAGGAUGGCUCUAUGGAAUAGACCUAAACAAAAACAAUUUGCAGCUAUUUUACUAUUUCUUGGCAAUCCUUAGCUGCAUCAACUUUGUGAACUAUGUAUAUUGGGCUUCAUGGUACAAGUACAAAGCAGAUGAGACAGAUCUAAAGCUGCAGCUUAAAACUUUGCACCAAACACCUCUCAUUCACAAUGAUGCAAGUGUUGUUCAAGAAAGUGGAAGCAAGAUUGAUGAAGCUGCUGCCUCCACUGAGGAAAAUAAAGAAGAAAAGGUGGCAACAUGA